CGGAGCUUAACAUAGAUUUAGUUUUAAGGCUGCCCAAUCAAACUUAUAUCCUCACAAUUUGCUGAUCGAUCGACGAUAAUAAAAUAAUCGAAGAGAAUUCAACUUCGUAGAUGUGAAGGAAUUGAGAGAAAUAAGAGGAGCAUAGCUUGACACGCAGGUGGAAGCACGUGUUCUCCCGUGCGUGCGGCCCUUAACCUUGGCGUUAAUCUAUCUUACUAUGAUGGUUCAAUGCUCUUAACGGUCACUAAUUUAACAUAAUUUGUCUUAAUCAGCCAUGAAAAAAUAAAUAAUGAUCAGGAAAAGUUUCCCCCUAAUCCAAUGAUCAUACGCAUUACAUCUCAAGAUGCUAGAUAAGUAGAUUUUAUAUGUAACAAAAUAUAUUUCAUGUAAACUGUAAAAUAAUUAUAUGUUUGAGCUAUCAAAAUUGUAUAUUUGCAGAAUAACUAGUUUGAUUUGGCGCGCAUAUUCUUGGCAAAUGGAUAAACUAAUGACAGUAAUAUAAUUUUGUUUACAGUAAUAUAAAUUCUUUACCAUUAAAAAUGAUAACAAAUUUUUUUUUUUGCUAAAGGGCUUAAAAUGAUAACAAUUUUUACCCAAAAAAAAUGAUAACAAUAAACAAUGCAUGUACCGACGCUUUGAAGUGUUGAAAUGAUAGGGUGUAGAAGAGUGGCAAGUGGUCAAAUGUUACGAUGCUUUGUUUAAUGUGAAUUGUAUUGUUGUCUUGCGUUUCACGAUGACAAGAUGCAGAUGCGGAGAAUGUAAGUGACUCUCAUGAUACCACCUACGUACACACGUAUAUAAUAUGAUUGCCCUACGUUAAUAUUUUUAUAAGAGAGUGAUUCGUAGGAUAUAAUAGUUACUACAGUUUUACAAUAUUUAGUAGGGUUUUAUUAAGUUUUAAAUAAAAACCAAAAUCGUUGGUAACUUGACGGGGAAGAAACGGAAAAGGAGACGCACGGCUCGGCAACCGCCCACGUUAACUUCCAAACCCUGCACACAUUUAUCGAUGCACCUCUAUCUCCACACACACAUGCUCUUCUUAACCUCUACAUUCAAACGCAUGCACAUGCCUAUACAUACUAUAUAUAUGUAGUCACAUGUAUCCGAAUACACACCAACUGCCAACUUAUUAGACUUCUCCAAUCUUCUACCACAAAAAAUUCUUAAUACAGUACAUAAUGAUGUUGCCGUACAACGCACACAACAGUUACCAGCAUCAGUUUCCCUCGCCGGAGAUUGAAAUUCCGGCGAAGUGGAAGAUUUCAUACGGACACGAAGAGACUGCUCCACCUUGUCCUCGUUGUGCAUCUUCCAACACCAAGUUUUGUUAUUACAACAACUACAGCUUGUCUCAGCCUAGAUACUUCUGCAAAGGGUGCCGUCGUUACUGGACCAAAGGCGGCUCUCUGCGCAACAUUCCCGUCGGUGGAGGCUGUCGGAAGAGGAGCCGGAGCAGACGACAGAGCAGUCACAAAAGGUUUGGUCCGAACGAAAAUCUGCCAGAUGGUCUUAUCAGUGGGUCCCAGUCAAGCCCUGCUGGUUCUGAUAUUGAUUUGGCUGCAGUUUUCGCACAGUACGUGAAUGCUCCGAGUCCUUCAAGUACUGAUAAUACCACCGGAUCUGAUCAAGAUUCGCCAGUAACAACAACAACAACAACAAACACGCAUGCUUUAGAUUCUUUGAGCUGGGAUAUGUACCAAGAAACUGAUGCGAGUUUUGGAUUCUACGGGGAAUUCAACGAUCUGACCAACAGGAUACAAGAAGAUGAACGAGGUGUUGGUCACUUUCUCCAAGAAGAUCAAGAGAUCUUUGAGUUCCAAGGUUUACUCGAUGACAAAGAUAUUCAAGAGAUUCUGGAAUGCUCAUUCUCUGAGGAGCCAGAGCAGUUAAUUUCUCAGGAGAGCUUCAUGAUCAAUGGUGAUCACUGGAGUUCAACAGAUCUUACAACGUUCGGGGUUUGACCAUGCAAGACGAUCGUUUCUUUCUUUUUAAUCACAUAUACUUAAUUUAUUAAAUACAUAAAACGUAUUAUUUACACUAAAACUCAUUCUUAUAAUGUUCAUGAAUUUAUUAUAUCAUACAUGAACGAUCCCACGAUAGGAUCCGUGGAGUAGGUUACUGUAUAUUCGCUUAAAUAAUGGAUACAACUUACAUUUUCUAUGUUAUUUUGGCGGCCAAGCUUUUAAAGUUCUUAUGCUUUGCCUUCUCUUCUCACAAUUGAAUAAAUUGAUAUUUGAUCUGUCUUGGUAUCAUGGUGUGUCAUAUGACUCAUAUCUAGGGAUAAAAACCGAAGUAAUAUUCUUCUUACUUCUGUGACAUUCUAUCGGCUGAGCUCUUUGAGAGUUCAAGAAAAAAUGCUGGUCUUGCGUUCAUACACCUUCAUAUUGGCAUAUUUGGUCUUCCACCCGUUUUAUAAAUAUCCCAUCAUACAAGUGUCAGUAUUGAUAUUUAUAUACUAUUGUUUAUACAAAUAUAAAUAUAUAUAUAUUAUCUUAUUACAAAUGGACAUGUAUAAAAUUAUACUGUCAAUUAUCUUAGUGUAAAAACACUAGAAAUUUAUUUAUGAUACCCUAACUAAAUAUUUUCAAUUGAAAUAUAAAUAAUAACACAUUUACACUAAGAGUUAAUGGCAAAUUUGGCUAGAAAUAAUCACUAAUCUUGGAUUUUUGAUCAAUGUUUAAUUUAUAGAUCAUAAUAAACAUAUUUUUUACUUUAAACAAACAAAAUCUAAAUUACUCCACCAAAUUAGCAUAUCCAAUAUAUAAGUUAAUAAAAUAUAAAAAUAUCUCAAUAAUAAUUUUGAAAAAUAUAUAAUAUAAGAGAUUUUGUAUAAUUAAUUUUUAGGAGAUAAAUAAAGGUUACAUAUUUAAACAAACACAAUCUUCAUAUCUUAUCAUCUUAUCUAUUAAAACAGAAGUUAAUACUUCUUUCAUGUGUGAUAUUUCAUUUUGGACCAUCUCUUAGAAAAUCAUCACAUUUAAUUAUCCUAUCAUUUAUUUUAUAGUAAAUAUAAUCACAAACAUAUCUUAUUAAUAUCUUCACAAAAUCAAAAAUAUAUUAUCUUUAAGGAGAAUCUCAAAAUUGUUUACUAUUAAUAUAUACUAAAUUCAAAAAUUUAUAUUCAAAACUAAUCAAUUAAACAUAUCAACUGAUUUAUAAAAAAUAUUUUAACCCAUUAAUUAAUAAUUAUUAACAACAUUAUUAAUUAUUUUGUAAGCCAUUAACUAUUUUGUAGGUCACGUCAUUAACAGAAAAAUAUAUGAUUAAAUACAUAUGAUCGUGUAUACUAUUUUUAGUAUUAUGUUAUGUGACUGUUCUUUAAUAUAAUUAACAAUAUUUAUCAAAUUAACUCCAUUCUAAAAUAUAUAAUAUAAUUAGUUUAUAAUCAUAUAACAAAAUUUAAAAUAUAUUUAAUAAUUAUAAUCUAUCAGACAUAUUUUAUAUUGUGGUUUUAAAAUUUAUUGAUUUUACUAAUAAUAUAUUUGUAAAUCACAAAAAUAUGAUUUAUAUAUCAUUUAUAACAAAAAGAUCUUAAAUUUUUUAAAGAAUAUUCUACUUUUUUAAAUUAAACUAACCACACAAUUACUAAAUCUUAAAGAUCACUUUUUUUACAACAAUCUUAAAGAUCAUUAAUAUCUCAUUUUAGUAUAGUUUACAAAAAGUAUAAAUAUUUGCAAAUAAAAAGUAAAAAUUAUAUUAAUAUUACCUCAAAAUAGAUUUUAUUAAACAUUUUGAUGAUUAAACAUUUAUAGGCAAAGGUUGAUUGAAUAAGGUCUUGCAACGUGUCGUUUUCUAGUGGUGCCGACACUUGAUUUAAUACGUGUUGAGUCUUGAGUGGUGCCGACAAUUGCUGUCAGAGACUGUUGUCGUUUUUAUGCAGAAGUCUUCAUGUGGGUCCCAUGUAGGUCCCGACAAUCAAUGUUUGAAUUUAACCCAAGAUGUCUAUUACAAGAUGAUAAAGGAGAAACGACAAUUCUAACAGUUCAUAGUAAAGAUACACCACAGCUACAUACACACCAAGACAAUUAAAAUGAGAUGAAAUAACUAUUCCAGAUCAAUGGAAAAUUGAAAUUACUCAACCUCCUAGAAAUUUUGAACAAAAGAAUAUAUCUAAGAUAAUUAAACAAAAGGAUGGAAAAAUAUUAUUAAGGUUUGGAUCUUAUAAAGAUCUGCUUCCACCAAGAAUAAGUUCAUUUCAUUCAAGAGCUUCUUUUUCUAAAUAUCGUACGGGUCAAUCUAGUACAAAUUCAGAAACAUAAAGUGUAAAUAAAAGUAUUAGACAAGAUGAACCAAUAAGAUUUAAAGCACAUGUAGCAGAACCAGAUCAAGAUAUGUAUCCAACAUCACCUACCCCAUCAGAUUUUAAAUCGAUAAAUGUUAUAACUAAAAAAUAUGACAUUGAUAAACAAUAUAUAAAAGAGGACUUUUAUUCAAAAGAAAAUGAAGAAAAAUGAGACUGGUAUUUUAAAACUUUUUCUAAGCAACAAACCACUGAGUAUAGAGAAAAAUGGUAUGAUUGUAUGAUGCUAAAAGAAAUGAAUAUUCCAUUUUUCAUAUGGUUUGAAAUUUAUUCAAUAUCUCACAAUAUCGAUUAUCUAUUUAGAAUAAUUAAUGCAAGUACAUCAUUAAGCCAAGUAUGGGAACAAGUAAAUGGAAAUAAAAUUAAAUCAAUCCAUCCACCUUUAAAUGAUUUAAAAAUAAAUACUCUAAACCGACAAAUUUUAGCUACGCCCUUUAAAACUGGAGCUAACAACGAUGAUAAAGAAUCAGUGCUAAUGAAAGAUAUUAAAUCUAUAUAUCAACAAAAUAAUUAUCAUAGUCAAAUACCAUAUACAAUUUCUAACCAAAUAGACAACAUCGAUAAUAAAAUAAAUGAUAAUGAAAAUAAUAAAUUAGACCAACGUACUCAACACCCUUUCUCAUCAACAACCUAUCCAAUCUUUAAACCAAUAACAAGACAAAUCAAAUUUCCUGAAAACGAAAUUUUAAAAUCAAUCUCGACAAGAUUAGACAGAUUAGACAAAAAUAAAGGAAUAAACACUAUAGAUGAAGAUGACAAUGAAUCUAUCCAAACCUCCUCUCAAUCUGAAAACGAUAGUCAAGAAAUAAAUCGAAUACAAAAUAAAUCAAAGAAACCAUAAUAUCCUAGACAUACUCCACCAGAUUUACUAUUUGAAGAACACUAUAAAUAUACCAGUAACAAAUACACUGGAGAGAGUAUACAUGAAUGGAAUAUAGAUGGUCGAUCAGAAUAUGAAAUGAUGAACUUAUUUCAUGAAAUGGGAAUGGCAGCAAUGGCUUACAAAGGUAAAGGAAAUGAUGAUAAACAAGCAUGUAUUUUGUUAGUAGUUGACUUUACUGGAACAUUAAGAUAUUGGUGGGACAACUCAUUAGAUACAAUUACGCAAGAUUCUAUAAUUAAUCAUAUUGAAAUAAGACAACAAGAAGAUGAAGAAGGAUUUACGCAUGAUAUAGAAGUACCAAAUGCAGUGGAAAGUAUUAAUACAUACUUUAACAAUGAAUUUUAUUGGUAAUCCUAAAGAAGAAUUAGAAAGUAAAAAAAUUAUAUUAACAAACUUAAGAUGUCCAACAUUAGGAGAUUUUAAAUGGUACAAAUAUGUUUUUAUAAACCCCCUGGGAUCACCUCCCACUACAAGAAAACAUAAUCUU